UUGGCCCCGCGACGCUGGCGCGCUUUCCUAUCCCGGUGGGGCUACCCCGAGGCCACCUGACAGCUGGGGGUGUCCCGACCCUAAGGACCGUGCACGGUCUUGCCUGCCACGUCGCUGACUUCCGCCGUCGGCCGGAAGCGAACCUAUAAGAUUUGGAUAUGUCCUUCAUAUUUGACUGGAUUUACAGUGGUUUCAGCAGUGUGCUACAGUUUUUAGGAUUAUAUAAGAAAACUGGUAAAUUGGUAUUUCUUGGAUUGGAUAAUGCAGGAAAAACAACACUGCUACACAUGCUAAAAGAUGACAGACUUGGACAACAUGUCCCAACGUUACAUCCCACUUCUGAAGAACUGACUAUUGCUGGCAUGACUUUUACAACUUUUGAUCUGGGUGGCCAUGUUCAAGCUCGAAGAGUGUGGAAAAACUACCUUCCUGCUAUCAAUGGCAUUGUAUUUCUGGUGGAUUGUGCAGACCAUGAAAGGCUGUUAGAAUCAAAAGAAGAACUUGAUUCAUUAAUGACAGAUGAAACUAUUGCUAAUGUGCCUAUCUUGAUUCUUGGGAAUAAGAUUGACAGACCUGAAGCCAUUGGUGAAGAGAGGUUACGAGAGAUGUUUGGUUUAUAUGGUCAGACAACAGGAAAGGGUAAUGUAUCUCUGAAAGAACUGAAUGCCCGACCCUUAGAAGUUUUCAUGUGCAGUGUGCUCAAAAGACAAGGCUACGGAGAAGGCUUCCGCUGGAUGGCACAGUACAUCGAUUAACACCAACCUGUGUCUGUUCCAGGUCUCACCAUUCAGACCUACUCAGAGAUUUGAUCACUCAGCAUAUAUAACUUGAAUUCAAUAGACUUUUGUUGGUUAUAAAACAGAUGUUUUUUAGAUUAUUAAUAUUCUAUCAACUUAAUUUAAAUGAGAAUUAAAAAUUGAUUCAAGUAAGUUUGAAUAUCACAAUGUUAGCUUUCUAAUUCUGUAAAAAUAGUUUUUACAGUUUAUAAUCUGACAUUACCCUCAGCACUAUUUAUAAAGAGCAACUUUCCAGCAGUACAUUUGAAGCACUUUUUAACAACAUGAAACUGCAAGUACAAACCAUAUUUAAAAGCUCAUCAUGUUAAAUUUUUUAUGUAUUUUUUCGAACUAGUUUUUAAAUUUUAGAUUAUAUGUCCACCUAUCUUUAGUGUACAGUUACUAAUUAGCUUAUCAAUGAUUGCAUGAUGCCUUACAGUUUUCAAUAAUAUUUUUUCUUAUGCAAACGUCAUGCAAUAAAACAAACUCUGAUGUUUGGCAUAAUCAUUGAGCCAGUGUUUCAUUUUAAUGUGUCUUACCUAGCUAGAAUACACUGAAAUUUUGAGUAUUUAUCAUUAUAUAUAUGAGGGGUUAAUGGGAAAGGAGAUUGCUUCAGAGUAUUUAGAAUAAUCUUUAAGCCUCUAGAGGCUUUUGCAUUUAUCAGGAGCACAGUUGUGGUUGGUUGCGCCUGAUACCAUGUUUAUCUCUGAAUCGUGUAUUUUUAUCAGUAAUGCUAUCUUUACCAGUGCUGACGGGUCCAUGUCUUAGUCCCUGUGUUACUGACCUUCCAAAGAAAAGCACUUCUGAUAUAGCACAGAAUGAGCCUUGGUUUGGUUGGCUCUACAACUCCAUCCCAGUUGUCUGAUUCUGAAAUGUUGCAAUCUUGUUGGUGUCUGAUUUUGUAAUCAAAGCGCCUCUUCACCAAAAAUAGUGACAGGCACCAUCUCUCCACUUCUAGAGGUACUGCCCAGUCCUUUACAUAUAAUGGUACUCCUAGGGCAAGCAACAAAGUGGGGUCUUGUACACAGUUUCAUUGUGGAGGCCUGCAAAUCUGGGGAAAAAGAAACUGCUUGUUCUGAUUCAGUUGUCACUGAAGUGCGUCGGGAUUUUGUUCCUCUCCUGUAGCUCUUUUGCAUUCUUUAGCAUAUUUUAUUUCUUGGGAAGAAGAAAAUGAAUGCUUGUUUUUAAUUUUCUUCUUUCUUAGUUGUUCUCAGAUAGCUUUUACUUUAUAGCACAAAGGUUUCUAAAUAUAAUGCUUGCCAUGAUAUUUCUGCAAGCCUCGCUUGCUAGACUUAUGGAUAAAAUUUCAGCUUGUUUUUUAAAGCAUUAUAAUUUCCUAAAAACAUAGUUAUUUUUUCCAAAUGUCUGAGAUUCCCAUAGUUAGUAAGAUAAAGUAAAAGGUAAGUGCCAAAUGAGUAUUUUUGAAGAUUCUCAAGUUUAAGAUUUCUCUCUUUGUUACAAGCCACAUCUUUUAUAGUAUGUUUAACCAAUUCUGUCAAGAAUAGAUUGUUCCAUUUCCAUUGAGAAUAACUUUAAUAUAAAAAUUAGUGUUUUCUCUAGUCAUUCUCCAAGCCAGAGUUAUCAUGGUCCUUUCUGUCAUUGAAUAUAAUCUAUGAGGCAGAUUAAGGAUUGAGAAAUAUGACUGAAAGGAAUCACCAGUUAUUUUAUUGGAGGAACUAAGCUGACAGGGUAAUUUCUUAACAUGAUAUUUGGUUUAGUAAUUUGGCUAUUCUGUUUUCCCUCUUGGCUUCUUUCAAAGUGAAAAUAAAAGAUCAUCUUCCCUGCAUAGAAACAUCAGUAGCACCAAGUGAAAAGUAGGAAAUGACACUAUAGCUUGUCGGAUUAUUCUGCAAGAUAUUUUUAAAGUACUCAUGGCUAAAGUCCUGAAUAAUAGAACUAAGCGUUAUUAACAGUAACUUCCUCUUGUUGAUAGUUAUCUUUCUUCAGUACUUUGCGACACAUGCCUUUCUUUAAGUAUUUUCUAUAAUGAUAUUGUGAUACUCCAGGUUUUAAUUAUUUGUGUUAUAAAGUAGUAUAAAGGAAAAAGCUUACUGUUUCUCUAGAGGGAAUUCUUCCUGGUACAAAAUAUCUCACUCCAGAACUCUCAUUCUAGUUCUGAUAUGGGGUCAAAGAAGCAAAUAAAGUCACUUUGUGAACCACAGGUAAACUAGCUAUUUUCCCAGUGAUGUGAGAUCCCUACGGCCUGAGCCUCUAGAAAUGAAGUGGCACUUAGCAGCAACCAGCUUUCUUCCUAGCUCCGGAGAGAUGAACCUGCAGAGCUCACCAACCAUUGGGCUUACCAUCUAGCUCUGAAAGCUCCUCCAGAGCACAUACACUGGGUCAUGUUCCCCUUCAGGAGAAGCAAAUUAAGAGAAUGGCAAGAAACAGUAUGAGCACAUGGGGAAGACAUAUACUCUCUAUGUGCUUUUGCAAACGCAUGCACCUCUGGGAUAUUUUGUGGGAAAAUGUUAAUGUCAGGGACAUAGGUAAAUUUUGUUCCUCACAUUGUAGGAUGUUAAAGUAUAGUUGUAACACUGUUGUAUACAAGUUAAGAUUGGAUACCUUAUAAAUAAGGCAGUGUUCAAAAGAUUUUCUAUUGCUGAUUUAAAUCUUAAGUCCAAAAUUCUAAAUAUAAGGGCUCAGCCCACUUUUAUAUUGUUAAAGAGAUUCUUAUUUAUCUUACAUCUUUCCAGUGACUGCUGUUCAUUAUACUUUUGGAUCAUAACUUAUUAAAUUGAUGGAUUCCAGUUUAUUACAGUGGAUUUUUAGAGUGAGAUUAUAGCACUUUUUAAUUUGGACAUAGACAUUUCCUGAAGAACAUGAAAAAUAUAUAUAUUCUUCACCCUUGGCUUAAGUGCCAAAGAUGUAUGAAUUCAGAUAUUGCCUGCAUAUAUCCUAAUUUUAGUUUUAUGUGCCUGCCUGCAUAUACAAAUUUUCUGUGGUUUACAACAUAAAAGCAGAACAUUGUUUCUUUUCCUUAGUUUUCAACUGGCCCACACUUACCUGUAGUGCUUUCCAGCAUGUAAAUUACUUAUAAAUCUUUAAAACAGGGUGAUAGUUGUAAUGAGAGUAUUUCUUGCCUUCCGUAAAAUGAUAUGAUCAACUACUUGGACACCCCAGUGUUUUUCAUAAGUUCCAAAGUAACAACAGUAUGCUUCUAGUUGGCAUGAUUUAUGAGUUUCAAGGGAAGGGUUUACAUUUUCUGAAACUGUAUUUGGUAUAUUAUUCAAUGUGGUGUUUGUCUUAUUAGUCACUUACAUGACUGGAGUUUGCAAGGAUUUAUUGCCAAAUAAAUUUUGACCAGAGUAAA